AUCAGACUCAGACUCGCAACAAACAAAGACACAAAUUCUCAUCUCCAUUCCUACUGCUCUCUCACUCUACACACAAAUAUACACACACAAGGUAUGUAACAUAUACUACACCACUGCAUAAGUUUCUCGGCUAAUGAUUAACCUCUGCAGUUAUCAAAAUGCCCCGCGGAGCCGAAUACGACGACGGAGUCCCUCACUCCGACAACGCCAUUGAGGCCGGCGAGACUAAGGUUCAUGGAACGAACCCUGCCAACGACCACCUCAACCGCGUCCAGCGCACCGCUCCCCUCCCCGAGGCCGCGCAGAGCAGUGGCGGCGAGUACAGCAUCGGGGGCAGCUCAGGUCCGAACAAGUCCGGUAGCGGAAAGGGCGGACACGAGCCCAAGACGUUGGGCGAGAAGAAGGGAUUGGGAGCUCACAAGGCAUAAAAGCAUGAAUGAAUAUACUGGCAGAUGGAGUUCGGUGAUUGAUGCAUGAAUCAUGAUUUAGGUACAUCUUUGGGUGGAUAUGUAUUAACAGUCAAUAUGCCUUUAACUAGUAGUAAAGGCAAUGAAGACCUCCGGGUUGAGGUCGAAUGAAAUAAACUGAAUCUUCUCAUGAG